GCGAUGUCAACAGCAGCUGCCCGUCAUUAUGUUUAUCCUUCCAACCUCGCCGGCCUUUGUGGAGUGGGAAUUCCUUUCCUCCGACUUUUGUCCUCCCGACCGACCCAAUCUCUUCUUCAUCCGCUCACCACCAUCCUCUUAGUCCACCACCCUGGCCAUCGUCACACCCGCACGCACAGUGGCCACCUCUCUCCACCUUGACUGAAUCCUCCCGCUCAAAUCAACGCGAAAAGCGACUCAGUCCCUUCCGCUCUUUACUUUUUCCUUCCGUAUCGUUUGUCUAGACAAAAUGGAUGCAUUGGACCGUGUGCGCCACCGCGGUAUCGCUGAGAGGCGGGGCCUUAUCGGUGGUCUGGUGUCUGAUGUCCUCGGAGGCAGCUCUCCCACAAGCACCGACGGCGGCCUUCUUGGCAGCGCCAUAGGCGGACUCACCAGCGCCCUCUCACCCAUAUUAUCGCCCGCGUCCGAAACUUUGUCCUCAUCUCGGACUCCUACAGCCACUCUAAUUUCUCGUUCUGUUUCUUCUUUUAGCUCAAGUACAUCAGCUCCCGCCACGUCCGCUACCACAACCUUGCUGUCCACGUCAAAGUCUUCGUCCUUGCUAUCCUCAUCGUUGUCUACUUCCCGCGUCACAACUUCACUAAGCAGCACCGCUUCCAUCACUAGUAGCGUACUUUCUACAUCGUCUGCAAAGCCCACCUCGUCCGCGACACCCACUUCGUCCGCGACACCCGAGACGACUCCACCACCCACCAGCUCUGUUCAGUAUUCGGCCUAUGUUACAAGCUCUGGUGGCGGCGCCAUCACUAUUACCUCCAUAGUGAACAUUCAAUCUGCUGUCACCCCGACAAAGACAGCGGCACCUGUUGCAUUCUUGCAAAACAAGCCUCUCGAAGCGGGCGUGUUCACCGUCGUCGGCAUCGUGGCCCUCGUGAUCCUCAUCAUCGCCGCGACUUUUGCACUCCGCAAGCGCCGCCGCCACCGCCUUGACAUGGAAUACGCCGAGGCCGUCUCGUUCGACCCGAGCGCGAACCGCUAUACCGACGAGAAAGGCGGCGAUUUUCAUCCUCAGGACAACUGGUUGCGCCGCAGCGCCAGCAGCUCGUCCAACAGCUCAGGCUCGCACGGCGGCGUGCAGCCUAUGCAGCCGGUAUAUGCGCCUGGUCCGGGUAUCGUGCGCGACAAUCUGUACGCUUCCAACAUGGGGUAUGCUCAACAGGGACAAGGCUUCGCGAACCCAUCGUAUCCGGUCGCAGGUCAAGCACAAGGCUAUGGUCCGAACGUGCAGGCAUCUCAGUACCCGAUUCCGCCGCGCUCCCCUUACCCGGUUUAUGAUCCCGCCCGCUCCCCCCCGCCGAUGGCUACCGAAUACCCCGCAUUCGGCGAUGGGGGCGCAUCCACUCUUCCUCAGUUGAACAUCAUAUCAGCUACCCCGUACUCCGGCACAGGCAUGUUAUCUGGCAGCGACCACCUCGACCAGCCGCUCCCGAUGCCUAAUUUCACUCCGUCGUCCGCAAACGCCGCAGCUGGAGCCCCUCAGCGCAGCAUGCCAAACACGUCGUCGACGGACGGCAAUGAGGCAUUGGCCAAAGACAAAGGCGGCUCACACUCCCGCGCGCUGGAUCCCACUUUGCCUGAGCUUCCGCAAUCGCCUAGUGCCGGAAGUUCUGCACUUCCUUACGCUCUGAAGAUACCCCAACCAGCUGUAUACCCCGCCACUGCUACAGUCGACGCAUGUCCUUGGAAGCCAGUUCCCCCCUCCCCCUUUACCCACCUGCACCCCGUUGGCCACCCCUUUCUAACAUUGACGACAUUAUUUGACCCUGACCCUGAUUGUCCGCUCGAGCACAUAAUGCGCUGUGGUUCACGCGAGUCUGCUGGCCAGCGCGUGCGCCCUGACGCCCUGCGACCGAACCGUUCUGAUUUCUAA